ACACAUGCGCAAUGGUGACGUGCAGCUCGCAUAUCGAUAGCUUAUCGUGCGAUUACGAUAUCUACGUACGGUAAUGUUUUCGACUUCGGAGAGGAACAUUUUUAUCACAAAUAUGUGACUGAAAACACAUCUCUUUAAGGAGUAAUCUGUGGUGUGACUAAAUAAUAAAGGAUUUUAUUGGAAUCAUAAUCAUGGAUGACGGUCAGGCUUUCGUUCCACCACCGGAAGCUCCCGUUUUUGAACCAUCAGAGGAAGAUUUCUCGGACCCCCUCGCUUACAUUGCCAAGAUACGGCCCAUUGCAGAGAAAACUGGCAUUUGUAAAAUUAGACCUCCUCCGGAUUGGCAACCUCCAUUUGCUGUUGAUGUUGAAAAUUUCAAAUUCACUCCAAGGAUACAAAGACUGAAUGAACUUGAGGCUAAGACAAGAAUAAAGCUGAACUUCUUGGACAGUAUCGCCAAGUUUUGGGAACUGCAGGGUUGCAGACUAAAGAUACCGAAUGUAUGUGGCAAAUGCUUGGACUUGUACAAUCUAAGCAAGAUUGUUCAAGAUGAGGGUGGAUUUGAGUUUGUUUGCAGAGAAAGGAGGUGGAGCAGGGUUGCAAACAGACUUCAUUACCCUCCUGGUAAAGGUGUUGGAAGUCAACUGUUAAAGCAUUAUGAGAGAAUUCUUUGGCCUUAUGAUGUCUUCCAUUCUGGAGCAUCCUUUGACCAACCAGUGCAACCACUCCCAGAGGGUGAUGCCAAGGACAAGGAUUAUGUACCUCAUGGGAUCCCGUCUCGUCAAGCCAUCAAACCACCUUCUACAGGGGGUUACAGUCGCAGAGUCAAGAGACAAGCACCAGAGGAGCCGCUGACAGUUGACAUCAGCAACAACCCAGAGUUGAAGAAGCUUCAGCUGUUUGGUCCUGGACCUAAGUUUGCUGGUCUGGGCCUCGUUGCCCAUCCAGGAGAGAAGAAAGGUAGUUUUGACGAAACCCCCAUGAUGAUGAGCCCUGAAAGAAAUGGAUUAGAUGGAUCGUGGGCUAAGCUAGACCGUCAGUCUAGCACAACUGAGCAAGAUGUUAAAGAAACCAAGGGAACCCCCAAGAAGGCCAGCAAGUCCUCUCCAAGGAAGGCUGCCCAGGAUGCAGCUGCUGCUGCUUCGUCUAUGCAGAUGAGAGCUCGAGCUGGCAAUGUAACGAGUCUGAUUGAGACAUACAUGUGCCAUGUAUGUGGGCGUGGUGAUGUAGAGGACUGCCUCCUGCUGUGCGAUGGAUGUGAUGAUAGCUUCCAUACAUUCUGUCUUAUCCCUCCCCUACCAGAGGUUCCCAAAGGCGACUGGAGGUGCCCUUCCUGUGUUGCUAAGGGUCUGAGUAAACCACAGGAUCCAUUUGGUUUUGAGACAGCUCGCAGGGAAUACUCCCUGCAGACAUUUGGUGAGAAGGCUGAUCAGUUCAAGAAAGAUUACUUCUCCAUGCCCGUUCAUAUGGUUCCACCAGAGCAGAUUGAGAAGGAAUUCUGGAGACUGGUUCAGUCUGUUGAGGAUGAUGUAUUGGUGGAGUACGGGGCCGAUAUCCAUACUCUUGUCCAGGGCAGUGGCUUCCCCACCAAGAAGAGCAAGGUGGUCGCUGCUGAAGACCAGGAGUACAUUACAUCGCCGUGGAAUCUCAAUAACUUACCCAUUCAAUCCGAGUCAGUGUUGUGUCAUAUCAAUGCUGAUAUCUCUGGUAUGAAGGUACCCUGGAUAUAUGUUGGCAUGUGCUUCUCAUCUUUCUGCUGGCAUAAUGAGGAUCAUUGGAGUUAUUCUAUCAAUUAUCUCCAUUGGGGUGAGCCAAAGACCUGGUACGGGGUUCCGGGAAGUGCAGCAGAUCUAUUUGAGAAAGCAAUGAGAAGUCAGGCCCCAGAGCUAUUUGAAGCACAGCCUGACCUGCUUCAUCAGUUAGUCACCAUCAUGUCGCCUACCAUCCUCAUGAACCAUGGAGUCCCGAUUGUCAGAACCAAUCAAUGUGCUGGAGAAUUUGUAGUGACAUUCCCUAGAGCCUAUCACGCAGGCUUCAACCAAGGUUACAACUUUGCAGAAGCUGUCAAUUUCUGUCCGGCUGAUUGGCUUCCGAUGGGCAGGCAGUGCAUCGACUACUACCGCUCCUUACAGCGAGUCUGUGUGUUCUCACACGAAGAGUUGGUAUGUAAGAUGGCAGCAGACCCUGAAAGCUUGGAUCUCAGCAUGGCUGCAGCGGUUUACAAAGAAAUGCUGUACAUCGUCAAUGAAGAGAAGAGAUGCAGGAAGGCUUUACUUGAGAGAGGUAUUACCGAAGCAGAGCGGGAGGCCUUUGAGCUGCUCCCUGAUGAUGAGAGACAGUGUGAGAGCUGCAAGACCACAUGUUUCCUAUCAGCCAUCACAUGCCCAUGCACUCCUAACAAACUAGUCUGUAUUCAUCAUGUGGACAAACUGUGUGAAUGCCAGUCAUCAAAGCAUUGUCUCAGAUAUCGAUACACUCUUGAUGAACUGCCAGCGAUGUUGCAUAAUCUGAAAAUUAGAGCAGAGUCCUUUGACAAUUGGGCUAACAAAGUCCAGAAUGCCCUCAAAGCAUCUCAAGAUUCUAAGCUGGAUAUAGUUCAGCUGAAAGAGAUGAUUGAGGAGGCAGAUGAGAAGCAUUUCCCUGACAAUGAGCUGCUUCAGAAAUUGAUGAAUGCUGUGGCCGAGGCUGAGAGGUGUGCCAGUGUUGCUCUUCAGCUUGUCAACAAGAAACACAAGACAAGGAGUAAGAGCAUUGUGGAUACUAAAUAUGUGAGUAAGCUGAACUAUGAGGAACUGACUGACUUCAUGGAGCAAGUCCACAGUCUGCCUUGUGAGAUUCGGGAAGCUCUACUAGUCCAGAAACUUGUGGAUGAGGUGGAGAAAUUUCGCUCUGAAGCCCACGAUGCUCUUUCGGAUGCCAUCCCAAAUUCUGAUAAGCUGAAAAGACUUCUUGAAGUAGGUUCCGCCCUCGACAUCGAGCUUCCUGAGAUUCCAAAACUUAAGCUGGAGCUUCACCAAGCUCGAUGGCUCGAUGAUGUCCGUGCUACCCUUGCCCUGCCUACCAGCGUGACCCUAGAGACCCUACGCAAACUGAUAGACUCCGGAGUGAGUUUAGCCCCACAUCAAGCCAUUGAGAAGGCCAUGGCUGAACUACAGGAACUCUUGACUGUCAGUGAGAGAUGGGAAGAGAAGGCUAAGCUCUGCUUGGCUGCAAAGCCCAGACAUGCUAUUGCUACUUUGGAAGCAAUCAUCAACGAGGCACGUAAUAUCCCUGUGCACCUCCCCAACACGAUAGCUCUCAAAGAAGCACUCAAGAAGGCUAAAGACUGGAGCAAGCAGAUUGAAGAAAUUCAGAGUGGAGAACACUUCCCCUACCUAGAUGUCCUGGAGUGCAUGGUGGUCCGUGGUCGUACCAUCCCAGUACGCCUGGAACAACUGGCCCAAGUUGAGUCUCAAGUGGCUGCAGCCAGGGCCUGGAGAGAAAGGGCAGGACGUACCUUCCUCAAGAAGAACACAUCGUACGCCCUCCUUGAAGUGCUGUCUCCAAGGACGGACAUUGGUCAGUACCUGUCGGGAAAGGCCAGGCGAAAGAAACAGAAGGACUUGGAGAGGUUGAAGGAGCAAGAGAAAGAGUAUGCCACCGAUGUGGACAUUGGUAGCAGUACCAGUGGGUCCAGGGACCCAGUCACAUUUAUGGCAUCUUACAAGAAUGCUGAGGUCGAAGAGCUUGAUGCAAUCAACACCUUAAGAGACAAGAAUCGUCGCAAGCAACAGCUCGAGGAAGAUGGUGUGGAGCAGGGCAAGUACUGUGUGUGUCGUAAGCCAGUCAGUGGCUUUAUGCUUCAGUGUGAACUCUGUAAGGACUGGUUCCAUACAACCUGUGUCCCCUUGCCAAAGGCAUCCAGCAAGUCUAAGUUUUCCAAUGGCCUUGGCGGGAGCAAUGUAUCCACCUCCAGUGGUGUCCAGAACAUCAAGGAUGUCAAAUUCCUCUGUCCGAUGUGCUUGAGAUCACGCCGACCCCGUCUAGAGACUAUCUUGUCGCUUCUGGUGUCUCUUCAGAAGCUACCUGUAAGGUUGCCUGAGGGUGAAGCCCUCCAGAGACUGACUGAGCAUGCAAUGAACUGGCAGGACCGUGCCAAGCAGGCACUUGCUACAGAUGAACUCUCCGACGCCCUCACCAGACUUUCCUCCAUGAGCCACAAAAUGAUGGAGCAAGCAGCCAAAGCCAAGACGGACCGCAUCAUCUCAGCAGAACUGAAGAAAGCUGCCAGGAAAUCGGAGCUCCAGGAGCGUGUUGAGAGCAUCACAUCUAGGGUAACUGAAUCAUCAAACAAAAGUGUUCAUCAAGACUCCAUCCUGCAUGGCAUGCUACCGGUCCCAACGCAAUCAGAUGGGAUGGUGCUAGAUCAGGAGGAAGAACAGGUUGAUAUGGACAUGGGUGUAUCUAUCACUAUGGAUGUUUCCUCUGAUGAUGUUGGUGUUGAUGUACCACCUGUGAUGUCGAGUGGGAUGGACACGGGCUUUGUUUCAGAACAUGCUUACAGUGCAGCCUCCAAACCAGCACUUUCACAGCCCUCCAAGAAGCACCCACGAAAGACCCCUCUGAUACCACGAAGCAUCGACCCAACGUCUCCACCGCCCUCCUUGAGCUCCUCCACCGGCUCCCAAUCAGCCACCCUGGAGCUGUCUCUCUAUGCCAGGGCACAGCUAGAGGAUCUGAUGGUCGAGGGUGACCUGCUGGAAGUCUCUCUGGACGACACCCAGCAGCUAUGGCGCAUCCUGCAGGCAUGCCAACCAGUUCAUCAGGAACGGUUUAUGGAGCACAUUCUAGAGCAAAUGCCACCCGAAAGCCUGGAGAAACUGAAGGUGAAAUCGGAAGCCAAGGAGAAGAAGAAGAUGAAACUCAAACGAAAGAAGGACGACAUUGAAAUCAUGUCCGCGGAAAUGAAGCUUGAGAAGAAGAAAAAGAAGAAAGAGAAGAGGGAGAAGGAGUUGGCUGCUCCAGGGACGGCUCCUUUGAUUCCGCAGAAGAAACUUGGAGAGAAGGUCAAGAAGGAGGGCAAAGAGAACAAGGAGAAACAGAAGAAGAAAAUGAAGAGGAAGAAGGCUGAAAAGCUAUUAGUUCCUGGUAACUUGCCCAUCAAGAAGGAAGAUAUCAAGGAAGAAGUGAUAAUCAAUGUUGAUGGUGACGAAGACGAUGAUGAUGAAAUCUGCUCUGCUAAGAAGUGUCUUAGACCCCUUGGUGAUGAUAUCAACUGGGUCCAGUGCGAUAUGUGUGAGAAGUGGUAUCAUCUGCUCUGUAUCGGUAUGAAGCAACAACCUGAAGAAGAUGAAGAGUUCUUCUGCAGGGUAUGUACUAAGAAGCGUUCAUUACAAAAGGCUGGCGGACAGAAAUCCAAGCAGAAGACUGACAGUACUACUCCAAGCCCAGCUGCUACUCCUACCAAGCAAAUUAUGUCACCAAUAUCCUCUCAAGAAAUUGUUACCAAGACUGUUGGUAUGACACAAGGUGUCAUGAAGGUACAGUCUUCUGGAAGAUCGAGUGGCAGGAAUUCCCCUGUUACGGUUUCCAGUGGACGAAAUUCCCCCUCGGUUGCAACUGUAAAAGUAGAGCCUCAGGGGGGUUCUGGUAGAAAUUCUCCUGCACUGAGUACAAGUGGACGUAGAACCCCAUCAGCAUUGUCUCUUGGGAGGAAUUCCCCUCUCACACUAGGCUCUGGAAGAAGUUCCCCCGCAACAGUGCCAGUGCAGGCAGCUACCAGUACUCAAGGCUCUGGAAGAAAUUCCCCUGCAGCGGUACCCAUGCAGACAGCCACCGGGACUCUAGGCUCCGGAAGAAGUUCCCCUGUAACAGUGCCCAUGCAGACAACCACCAGUACAAAGCCACCAGCACUUCCUGUUAAAGACAGAAGAUCACCUGUGUUUGCCACUCAUAGUGAAAUGACCAAAGAUGAUCUUCCUGGGUUAGACAUCACUUCAAAAUCUGCAUUAUUAGUGCAGAAAAAUGUAGAUACUGGCAUCCUGCCUUUGAACAAAGAUAAAGAGACUGCAAUGGUGUGUGAAGAUAAUGAUCAGACCUUGGGCCAGAAGGAGACAAUCAGACUUGAUGUUGUCACUAAACCAAGCUCUGAUAUAAAGGAAGUUAAGGCCAGUCCAUCUGCCGAUGUUGUUCCACUCGUGACAUCACCAUCUUCAGAUGAAGAAUCUCAGAGCCAACAAGAAGAUUCUGUUGUUUCUGUGCCAAUAACAGAUUCACAAGAGACUUUGCCAACAAAUGAUGUACCAUCAACAAGUGUAACGUCCUCCCAAUCGCUGUGUGAAAGUGUUCAGGCAAGUGAUACUGAUGUAAAGUCAGAAACUGUUGAAGUGACGUCCGUGUCAGAAGACAUAGAGGAAAUAAAGGAAGCCUCCAAAGAACCCUUGAUUACAGAAGAUCCAAAAUGUGAGAACACCAUGCCAGACAGUACGUGUAUCCCUUUGCCACAAUCAAAUGUUGAUAAUGUAGAGGAAUUCACUGAAUCCAAGCAAGAUGAUGAUGUAGAACCCAUGCCUGUUGAUGAAUCAUCUGAUGAAGAAAUAGAAACAAAAACAUCUGAUAAUGCAGUGCCCGAGAGUAGCAGUAGUCUGGAACCACCCUCUCCAUCAAGUGGGGAAAGUGAAGUACAGCUUGUCAAGGAAGCAUGUCUGACCCCUGACGCAGAAGGCGAGCAACGUUUAGAUGAUAUUGAAGUAGCAAUAGAAUCUGAGAUCUUGCCAGAAGAGCCAAGUGAACCUGCCACGUCACAGUCUCCUGUCAUUGAUGAUCCAGUGCUUCCUGUAGCGUUUGAUGACACACCAACAGUACAGCCUUCGUCUCCACCAACUCUUAUCAAGGAACCUGAGAUUGAAUUCCAAGAUCCUGUUGAGACUCUUAGACCACCACUUGUAGAACCAGUUGAGUUAGCUGCCACCGAAGGUGCCUCAAAGGCACUUGAUGCUCCUGCACUGAUCCAGGAAGAAGACAACAAAGCACCAAAUGAACAAUCAGAGCCAAUGGAAAUCACAGAAGAGUUGUCUGAAAAUGAACCAAAGCAAGAGACUGAUAGCCAAGGGGAAUCAUUCCCAGAGAGGGUAUGUACAGAAAAUGAGCAAAUGGAUUCAAAUCCAUCGUGAGGUGUGAAACCUAAUAGAGAUAGUCAGGGUUGGACAACAUAUGAAAGAUAGACAUUAUACAAUUUAUCACGUUAGUCAAUCAUGACUUGUUGAAUUAAUUCAUACCAACAUAUAUGUGCUUUAAAAUAUGUUUACCAUCUUUUUCCAGUGUUUUUGCAUGCCCUCUUAUCACAUUAUGCAUACUGUGACUUGAAAGUUAUUUUCUUCUCUGAAUUAAAGGUAAGGUAGAGAAAAUAUUGAAAGAAAAAUACUUUGUGUUCAAUUUUGUUAAUGGCUUAAAACCUUUCUUGUUUAUAUUGUGUAAUUGUGUUCAACUUGAUUGUGUUUUCUUACUUUCUCAUUUUUUGAAUUCCUUUUUGAGAUUACCUAUAAAAAGAGGAAACUAAGAUGUUUUCUAGAGGUUGAUAUGAGGCAAUUUUCAUAGUGUAGAUACACGUAAUCAAGAGGAAAUCUUGUUUGAAAUUAUCUGCUACAUGCUCAUGUAUAUAGUAUUUACAUUGUUUAUGAGAAUAACGAAAACACAGAAAAGCUUGAAAAAUUUUUAAGUUUUACUUACACUUCAUGUGUAUGUAUGUUACAAUCACAUCCACUUUCACAUGCACAUUGAUGAUGGUAAUAUGCAUUACUGGAUAAUGACCUGUGCUCAAUAAAUUCACUAUCCUUUAAAGCCACACUGAUAUUUUCGGAUUUACUGGAGCUAUACACAUUUACCCUUCAAACUUCUACCUCUAGUGUUGUCCAUGUCAUCUUAAAUACUGACUCAAUUAUUUGUUUUUGAAACUGGUGUUAUUACUUUGAACUUCAUAUUCAUAUUGCUUUUGCCGCUUUAAAAUGAAAGGUUCAAAUGAUUCAAUGUGAUUAUUGAUCUUGUAAAUAUGUAUCAUGUUUUCAUUGAAUAAUUCAUCCAUUUACCUGAGCUCAUUUUAUUUUAUUGCGCUGGAUGGUGGUAUGUAGUAUUUGCUAGAUGCUAUACAUUUCGUGUAACAAACACCCAUUAUAAUUUUGUAGAAGAUAUACAUGUAUGGCAAUGCAAAUGCUGAAUGGUUUUUAGAUUUUGUCACCAAAAAAAAUGUCACAGGUAUAGCUUUGAAAACUGAAAGAUGCUAACAAUUAUCUUAUCAAAGUUUGCAUGAGAUUAAAGAGAUUGUUGAAUAAAGAGAACUUAGCGAAACAAUUUGUGACUUCUUUUGUAGAUGUUAAUCUAAUCUGUCUUUAGCUGAAUAGUAAAAUUGUGGAUUAAACUUGUAAAUAAUGAGAGAGAAAAUCUGGUAUGUACAAUGUAUGUGUCACAGAUAACAUGCCAGAUGGUGACUUUGUUAUGAUUAUUAUUUUGUUCUACUUUUGAAGCAAUGUUUUCAUUUAAAAUAUUAACAUCUGAAGUAUCAUCGGGUGCUAUGAUACAAGAAAUGUACAUAUACUGACACUUUAUUGAUGUACAGAUAAAAUUGAAAACAAAUCAUUAAUUUACCUUUCUUUGAAAUUCUGAUGUCAUCAAUCGAUUUUUCUUUUCACUUUUGAAAAUUGCGAUAUAUUUAAUGAAUCAUGCAUGUAUUUAAUUCGAAAAUGUCACAACACGUCUGUUACUAGGCAACCAUCUCUUGUUUUGCCUUCAGAUACGAAUAUGUUCCCUUUGUAUUUCUUCUUUUUUGUACUAUUCUGUCUAUAAAUGCACAUUUGUAAUUAACAUUAGAUAUUGAUUGUCUUCUUGCAAUGAAACGGACAUAAUUUCACUGAAUGUAACAACAGAAGUGGCUGUGUACCAUUCGCACAGCGAUUGGCUUAAGAAAAUCAAGGACGGCCAUUCUAGUGGCACUUGCCUAUAUUCCUAACUCAAGUCUAAAUUAGACCCUGGUCUAAACUUGUGCUUAAACUAUGGAUAGCCAGUAGUGACACAAAUCACAGGUUCAAUUAAUCAGCUCAGCUGGCACUCAAAGAAUUCAUAAUUGUCUUGGAAUGAUGGCUUAAACAGUUUGCUCCACCAUUGAACAAUAGGUAGUAAAGGGAGUAAACAUAGGGAACAUACAGUGUCACAAAAUAUGAUAUUUUCAGCUUUCCAUAAUUUUAGUACAGAGUUAAACCAUGGACUAAUUGGAAACUGGAGUUUUGGAAUAUGGUUCAUUGUGACUAGAAUAGGUUUCACUUUCCUUGAUAAAUGUUUUAUUAAAUAGAAAAGCACACCAAAUAAUGUAAUCAUGUUCUUAAUUUCCAAAAGAUAACACAAAUUCUUACAGGUAUCUAAGCAUGUCAGAGAUAAUCCAACAUUUGAGCAUUACGACAAUCUUCGGUUAUGAUUUUGGCAGUUUCAUUUUUCAUUUCUGUUACAAUGAUGUAAAUAAUAUGUGUGUAUAAAAGAUUUGUUGGAAUCAGAGUUCAUGGGUAGAUGUAGAGGGCUUAGAAUGAAUCAUUCAUAUAUGUAUGUUGUAUUUCUAUUGCACUUGGUGGAAAAAUGGGAAAGGGACUUAGACCAAUCUAGAGACAUAUUUGUUAUGUAAUUUGACAGUUCAGUAUCAAUUCUGUUGAUUUUAACGGUUUUUAAACCAAAUUACGAACAUCUAUAAAAAAAAACAUAGUGUUGCAGCCGUAUCACUUUUAUUAUGAGGUAAAUGAAGUCAAGCGCGUCUAUACUAAAUGCAUUUGAAAUUUAAUCAUUGAUAGAAUCUAAAAUUUGUUUACAGUUACAUAUAUUCAAGAAUUUGUCCCGUUUUACCUUAUGCUGAAAGCAAGGAAUUGUGAGUUGAGUAAUUUUGAUGCAGCCAAUUAUGUCUGUAUAUCACAAUUUAUGAAUGAGAUGCAUGCAAAAUCUAGAGGUUUGUGAAAACAGGUCCCCCAUUUGUCUCUUGUUAAAACACCUACCCCUAUUAUUUGUAUCCUAUGUGUUGCAUUAGGUUCUGCAAUAAAGACGAACUUCAGUGGAUACUCAUUAAA